GAGAGAAACCAAGUCAUUAGCUUGGAAACGUGGACAGGUAGUGAGAGGGUGUGAAUGAAAGAGGAUUUUUAUUCAAGUGUAUUUUGAAGUGUAGCAGACUGCUGUUGGAUGACUGAACCGGUUGACAGUGGAGUGGACUGACUAACUUUCUGAGGGGGAAGUGGAGAGAGAGGGUUGCUCUGGAGUGAAGAAAAUUUGCACUCUACACAAAGAGAGAGAGAGAGAGAGAGUGAGGGAUGAGGAAAUAGGGACGGGGGAAGAGUUAGUGACACGGAAAUAAACAGGAGAGAGAGGUAGAGAGAGAGAAAGAGGUGUAGAGAAAAGUGUACGGAGCCAAACAGUGAAUGUUCUAUCUUUUUCCCUAACAGCAGUGAGGACCUGGGGGAAGAGUUGCAGGGGAGAGGAGAAAAGAAGAAUGUGCCUAUUUGAAAGCUAAAAAAAAAUUGUGGCUCGCGACAUGUUUAAUUUUUUUUAAAGUAGCUCUCCUGCUAGAAAAGGUUGGAGACCCCUGGUCUAUGGUGUCUGGGAUGAUGGAGGUGAUGUAUGCCAUGACCAGCAUUUCAAAGCACUUCAUGAUUACAGAUGUUAGUGCUACAGGGAGGUAGUCUAUGUGGCAGGUAGCCUUAGAGCUCUUGAGAGCAGGAAUGAUGGUGGUCAACUUGAGACAUGUCGGGAUUAUAGACUGGGAGAAGGAGAGAUUGAAAAUGACCAUGAAGUUGCCUGCCAGCUGGUCUACCUUUAGGCACAGAUAUAGGAUCAGGUUACCCUCCUCAAGUCUUAACCUGAACCAUAAGAGGAUAAACAUUCAACUGACCUGAGAUCAGUGUUUGAGGACACACAAGACUCCUCAUCCCCUAUACAUCACACUCAGAAAUGUUCUGACAUACAGCCUCAGGCUUAUGUCUCUUGUGUUUCACUGCAUCUGUGUGUGUGCGUGCAUGUACCAGUGUUUUUAGAUGGAGGAAUAUAAGGUGACAGUUGCUACAGGCACAUCAGAGUAUUCCGGCACCAAUAACUACAUAUAUGUCACCCUGGUUGGAGAGAAUGGACAGAGUAAGAGAACAAUCCUGGACAACCCUGGACUGGACUUCUGUAGAGGAGCAGUGGAUGAGUACAAGGUGUGUAGCCCGGCCCCUCUGGGUCCUCUCCUCCUGGUUCGUCUGGAGAAGCAGCGUUACUGGGUGGAGGAUAACUGGUUCUGUCGCUAUGUCACUGUGGAGCCACCAGGUGGUGGUACAGCCCUCACCUUCCCCUGUUACCGCUGGCUCAUAGGAGACGUCAAGGUGGAGAUACGAGAAGGCACAGCGAAGAGACUCUCCGAUGAUACCUCUCCUCAGCUAUUGGCUCACAGAAAAGCAGAACUGCAGGAGAGACAAACGAUAUACAGAUGGGCUGCAUGGGCUUCUGGGAUUCCCAAGUGUAUCGAUGCCAAGACCGAAGCAGACCUGCAUCAGGACGUACGUUUUGACAGCGAGAAAAGGAGCGACUUUGAAGGCUCCUUACACUAUGCUAUUCUAGAGCUGUCUCUGAAGAAACUAGCCAUCAGGUUUGGAAAGUCAUGGGAUGAUCUGGAGGACUUUAAACGAUGCUUCUGGAAACUCAAAAGCCCCAUAGCUGAGUACUGUAUGGAGCACUGGAAGGAAGAUUGGUUCUUUGGGUACCAGUGUCUGAAUGGUUCAAACCCCCGCAUGAUCCAGCGCUGCAAGGAGCUUCCAGGAAACUUCCCCGUCUCUGGAGACAUGGUGCAGGGGUCGCUGGCACCCAGGACCACCCUGGACAAGGAGCUCAAGGCUGGUAACAUCUACUUGAUUGACUAUGCCAUUAUGGAUGGUGUUCCCACCAAUGUAAUCCGGGGGAAACCACAGUACAUCGCUGCACCUCUGUGUCUACUAUAUGAGCACCCUGACCAGGGACUCAUACCCAUUGCCAUACAGCUAGGACAGACUCCUGGCUUGGACACACCCAUCUUCCUGCCUAAUGACCCGCCCCUGGCCUGGCUAUUGGCUAAGAUCUGGGUCCGUCACUCGGAGUUCCAGGUGUUUCAGUUGCUGUCACACCUGUUGAGAACGCACCUGUUGGUAGAAGUGUUCUGUGUGGCUACGUUACGUCAACUUCCCGCUGUACACCCUGUAUACAAGCUCCUGGCUCCCCACCUGCGCUACACUCUGGAGAUCAACUGCAGGGGACGCACUCAGCUCGUCUCCGCUGACGGUAUCUUCAAAAGGGUGGUGUCUACAGGAGGGGAGGGCCUGCUCGUCUUGUCCCAGAGAGAGUACAAGGUCCUGACCUACCGCUCUCUCCAGCCCUGCUGGGACUUCCAACAGCGCGGAGCCACCACGCUCAGAGACUACUUCUACAGGGAGCACAGCCUCAUGCUGUGGGAUGCCAUACACAGUUUUGUCUCAGGGAUGAUAUCUGUGUACUACCAUUGUGACAGUGAUGUGGUGGAGGACCCUGAGCUACAGACCUGGAUAAAGGACAUCGCUGAGGAGGGCUUUGUCGAUGUCCCCACGUUUGGCUUGUCCAACGAACUCAAAAACAAAGCAGAGCUGGUUACCUUGCUGAGUGUAGCCAUCUUCACGAGCACAGCACAGCACGCAGCCACCAACAAUGGACAGUUUGACUGGUGUGCUUGGGUACCCAACACCCCGUGCACCAUGCGUCACCCCACGCCAACCGACAAGGAUGCUGUUACCAUGGCGAUGAUCAUGGACAGCCUGCCUGAUGUCAGCCAAACAUGUUUGGAGAUGGCGAUCACAUGGCACCUGGGGCGGCCACAACCUGAUGCAGUCCCGUUGGGUCAGUAUCCAGAGCAGUACUUCACUGAGCCCCAGGCCCAGGAGGUGAUUGACAGGUUCAGAAAGGAACUGAAGGAUAUAGAGGAACACAUCCUGAGCCAGAACCAGGGACUGGAGCUACCUUACCUCUUCCUCCUGCCCAGUCGCAUCGAGAACAGCAUUACUAUAUAGAUUAGACCCCAAUGUCUUAUCACCAUUACUUUUUCACUGUCUGAGGAGCAGGGCCGGACUAUCGCAUUUGGGGCCCCGGGGCCCUGCUAAGGAGCAUCCCACUGGGCACAGACGUCAGUUCAACUUCUAGUUUUGAUAUACAGUUUCAGUCAAAAGUUUGGACACACGUACUCAUUCAAGGGCUUUUCUUUACUUUGACUAUUUUCUACAUUGUAGAAUAAUAGUGAAGACAUCAACACUAUGAAAUAACACAUAUGGAUUCAUGUAGUAACCAACAAAGUGUUAAACAAAUUCUUCAAAGUAGCAACCCUAUGCCUUGAUGACAGCUUGGCAUUCUCUCAACCAGCUUCAUAAGGUAGUCACCUGGGAUGCAUUUCAAUUAACAGGUGUACCUUGUUAAAGGUUAAUCUGUGGAAUUUCUAUCCUUCUUAAUGUGUUUGAGCGAGUCAGUUGUGUUGUGACAAGGUAUGGGUGGUAUACAGAAGAUAGCCCUAUUUGGUAAAAGACCAAGUCCAUAUUAUGGCAAGAACAGCUCUAAUAAGAAAAGAGAAAUGACAUAAAGGUCAGUCCAAGUGCAGUCGCAAAAAGCAUCAAGCGCUAUGAUGAAACUGGCUCUCAUGAGGACCGCCACAGGAAAGGAAGACAGAGUUACCUCUGCUGCAGAGGAUAAGUUCAUUAGAGUUACCAGCCUCAUAAAUUGCAGCCCAAAUAAAUGCUUCAGAGUUCAAGUAACAGACGCAUCUCAACAGCAACUGUUCAGAGGAGACUGCGUGAAUUAGGCCUUCAUGGUCGAUUUUACUACCAAAAAAAACACCAAUAAAGGACACCGAUGAGAAGAAGAGACUUGCUUGGGCCAAGAAACACGAGCAAUGGACAUUAGACCAGUGGAAACCUGUCCUUUGGUCUGAUGAGUCCAAACUGGAGAUUUUUGGUUUCAACCGCCGUGUCUUUGUGAGACGUAGAGUAGGUGAAUGGAUGAUCUCUGCAUGUGUGGUUCCCACCAUGAAGCAUGGAGGAGGAGGAGUGAUGGUGUGGGGGUGCGUUGCUGGUGACACUGUCUGUGAUUUAUUUAGAAUUCAAGGCACAUUUAACCAGCAUGGCUACCACAGCACUCUGCAGCGAUAUGCCAUUCAAUCUUGAAUGCGAUUAGUGACACUAUCAUUUGUUUUUCAACAGGACAAUGACCCAAAACACACCUCCAGGCUUUGUAUGGGCUAUUUGACCAAGAAUGAGAUUGAUGGAGUGGUGCAUUAGAUAACCAGAUGAUUUAGGAUGAGUUGGAGUGAAGGAAAAGCAGCCAACAAGUGCUCAGCAUAUGUGGGAACUCCUUCAAGACUGUUGGAAAAGCAUUCCUCAUGAAACUGGUUGAGAGAAUGCCAAGAGUGUGUAAAGCUAUCAUCAAGGCAAAGGGUGGCUACUUUGAAGAAUCUCAAAUAUAAAACAUUGAUUUAUUUAACACUUUUUUGGUUACUACAGGAUUUCAUAUGUUUUAUGUCAUAGUGUUAAUGUCUUCACUAUUAUUCUACGAUGUUGAAAAUAGUAAAAAUAAAGAAACACCCUUGAAUGAA